GACUCGGCUACAAACUCUGGAUGAGGGCUGGGGAUUGAGAGCUUCCCGGAGAGCAUCACAAGAAGGCAUCGCAUGCUCUCGAAGGCAUCUGAAGUCCCGGGACUGCUUGGUGUUGUCACCACGAGUCCUUCGGCCAUUCCCGGAACAGUCAUGUGUGGCAGGCCCUGAGCAGGCAGCUGGGUGUCCCCGCUCAGAUCCAGGCCCGAGUGGGCUGGGCGGCUGCAGAGCCAGUCACCUGAGCUACCCAGGGUGGGAUCCCUGGCCCCGACCUCUGUCCUGACACGCCCCAAGCGGCAGCAACAAAGCCCCAAUUGGCCUGGGCCUGGGCAGGAGGAGCUGGGCCAGGUGCCAGAUACUGGAAUCAGCCACUGCAGCUCCCUGAGCACUCUCUACAGAGACGCGGACCCCAGACAUGAGGAGGCUCCUCCUGGUCACCAGCCUGGUGGCUGUGCUGCUGUGGGAGGCAGGUGCGGCCCCAGCACCCAAGGUCCCUAUCAAGAUGCAAGUCAAACAUCGGCCCUCAGAGCAGGACCCAGAGAACAGGGCCUGGGGCGCCCGUGCGGUGGAGCCUCCGGAGAAGGACGACCAGCUGGUGGUGCUGUUCCCUGUCCAGAAGCCGAAACUCUUGACCACCGAGAAGCCACCAGGUCAGGGCAGGGGCCCCAUCCUUCCAGGCACCAAGGCCUGGGUGGAGACCGAGGACACCCUGGGCCGUGUCCUGAGCCCCGAGCCCGACCACGACAGCCUGUACCACCCUCCGCCUGAGGAGGACCAGGGCAAGGAGAGGCCCCGGUUGUGGGUGAUGCCAAAUCACAGGGUGCUCCUGGGACCGGAGGAAGACGAAGACCACAUCUACCACCCCCAGUAGGGCUCCAGGGGCCAUCACUGCCCCCGCCCUGUCCCAAGGCCCAGGCUGUUGGGACUGGGACCCUCCCUACCCUGCCCCAGCUAGACAAAUAAACCCCAGCAGGCCGGG